UCAUGACAGCUACACCCAGGAAAUGCAGGUUAUGAAAGUUUAGAAUUAUGAAAUGACACAAGUUGUGCAGUUCAACAUGAGCUUAUCUUUUGAAAGUUUCUAUUUCACAGCUCCUGAGGGGCUGCACUCUACAUGACCUCUAAUACCGAGGUUUUAGGAGACCGGCUCUAAGAGGAAGAAUUGACCAAGUUACCUGUUGCAGCUCCAGGCGACAGCAUCUGAGAGUCCAGUUUGGGGCCAUUUAGGGAGAAGAAAGCUUUGGUUUAUUUCUCCUUUAAGUGAGGAAGAUAAAAAUGAAACCAACAAAACCAAACAAGUGUCUGAAAUCCAGUCACUGAAAUGACAACUUAGAGUUUUGCAAAUGGAACAAGUCUUUGCAUGGAUUUGAGAACUUGGCUCUGGAAUUAAGACUGAGGGGUUGUCUCCAACCCGGUUCAGAAGUCAGCAGGAAAGAAGAUUGUUGUUCAUGGUCCCCUGGAACUCCACCAUCUCCAACUCUAACUCUCCAUCUCACCUUGAGUCUUGCUGGACUGGCUGAACUGAGGACCAGGUGCGGUCCCUCUGGAGUUUGAUGAAAAGGCAGUAAGAUGUCGUUGAUUCCUCUACAUUUAACGCACCAAAUUACAACUUGGUCAACACCUGGUAACCUGAUGAGGGGGCAUGUCAAGUAUGUUGACAACUAGUCAACACAACUUAUGGGAAAACUGACCCUGGACAGAUCACAUUGGCUCACAAUUUCCUUAUACUUGAAUACAGAAGAGUGACUGGUGAGGAAGGUUGAAAAUGUGGUGGCUACUUGUAACAAUGUGUUUCAUCCACAUGUCUGGAAAUUCAUUUUGUUUCCUUGGAAAAAAAGCGGUGAACCCUGAAGCCAACAUGAAUAUUAGUCAGAUGAUUUCCUACUGGGGUUACCGAAGUGAAAUGCAUAAAGUUAUAACUGCAGAUGGUUACAUCCUUCAGCUCUAUCGGAUUCCUCAUGGGAAGAAUGAUGCUAAUCAUUUGGGUCAGAGACCUGCUGUGCUUCUGCAGCAUGGUUUCCUAGCAUCGGCCACAAAUUGGAUUUCCAACCUACCCAGCAACAGCCUGGGCUUCCUCCUGGCGGAUGCUGGAUAUGAUGUGUGGCUGGGAAACAGCAGAGGAAAUACCUGGGCCAGGAAAAAUUUAUACUAUUCACCAGACUCAGCUGAAUUCUGGGCUUUCAGCUUUGAUGAAAUGGCUAAAUAUGACCUUGUAUCCACAAUCAACUUCAUUUUAAGUAAAACUGGACAGGAGAAGCUACACUAUGUUGGCCAUUCCCAGGGCACCACCAUUGGUUUUAUCGCCUUUUCUACAAAUCCCACGCUGGCUAAAAAAAUCAAAGCCUUCUAUGCAUUAGCCCCAGUUGCCACAGUGAAGUAUACCAAAAGUCUGUUGAAUAAACUUGCACUCAUUCCUCCCUUCCUCUUCAAGAUUCUAUUUGGUAACAAAUUGUUCUACCCACACAAUUAUUUGGAAAAAUUUCUUGGUGCUGAAGUGUGCUCCCGUGAGAUGCUGAAUGUCAUUUGUAGGAAUGCCUUGUUUGCCAUGACUGGAUUUGAUAAGAAAAAUUUGAACAUGACUCGCUUAGAUGUGUAUCUAGGACAUAAUCCAGCAGGAACUUCAGUUCAAGACGCCCUCCACUGGAGUCAGGCUGUUAAGUCUGGGAAAUUCCAAGCUUUUGACUGGGGAACCCCAACUCAGAACAUACUGCAUUAUAACCAGGCCACACCUCCCAACUACAAUGUGACAGCCAUGGAUGUACCAAUUGCAGUAUGGAGUGGUGACCAUGACCUGUUGGCUGACCCUCAGGAUGUUGGUCUUUUGCUUCCAAAACUGUCUAAUCUCAUUUACCACAAGGAAAUUCCUACUUACAAUCACUUGGACUUUAUCUGGGCAAUGGAUGCACCUCAAGAAGUUUACAAUGAAAUCAUUUCUAUGAUGGCAGAAGAUAAAAAGUAGUGCUGGAUUUAAAGAAUUAUUCAUGUACUUUUCCCAAAAUGAUUUAUUCUCUUCCACAUAGUUUUCUGUACUGUUUUAAAUGCAAUGUUUCUUUCUGUAAUUCUGACUUUCAAAAUAUAUUAGCAUCAACAAA